AUGUUCUCUCCUUCGCCACCUCAACCUAGCCUGUUCUUCGCAGCGAACCGCCCGCGCUUCUCUUCUUCCUAUUCACCCAACACACCGUCGCCACUGCGCACCUCGAGGAAUGCCAAUUCGAUGUCAAACUCGAGGCAGAGAAAUUAUAUACCGCGACAAGGACAAUUGCUAAACUCAUCGCCUUUGGCUAGCAAGUUUGGGGCUGUGGAAACGAAAGAGAACCACUAUGAGGCAGCAUCUGGCAACGAGUUCAACCACUUCCACACACCCGUCGACAAAGGCAGAGACGCAAUCUGGACCGACUCUCAACUAAUCACGCCGCCAUACUCUGUUUCAACCACUAGUGCCCAGCAUCAACCGCUUUCUGACCAGCAAUCAAACCUGAUAUCACCAACAUUCAACUUCUCCCUGCAACCACAAUCCUCAUCAUCAGCAAACCAAACCACCUCGCAAUGGGAAUCCCGAGCCCGCAGCGCCAGUCCAGCAGCCAGCAUCGUCCGGCAUGCAGCAGAGGGCAGAGAGAAGAAGAAAUCGCAGUUCCUGGACCGGAUCCGACGCCGACGAGACGACAGUCGCGCAGAGAAUACCGGCGACCAAGUAUUACGUAUGGACUUCGUUGCGGAACGGAAGGUGUGGGAGGACGAGAUGCGGAGACGAGCGGUCCUGGAGGGCGCGAGCCCAGAAAUCGAUGUUGAUAUCGAGCUCGAGUUGAACGCCGACAUGAUGCAGGACUCUCCGGACUCGGGGCACCUGUCGCCAACUGAUGAGCACGACGUUGAUGCAGCAGAACUGGCGGCUUACUUCGAAGAGAUACAUGCCAAGAACGAUAGUCAGGAAUUCAUGUUCGACGACGAUCUCGAUGGAGAUGAGUAUGUUGCGCUGUUCGACCAAGCUCUGUUCCAGGGUGGGAGUGGUUCUUCCUCUGCUCAGGUGUCGAAUCAAAUGCAGACUAUUAUUCAGACUGGUCAGGUUUCCCCGCCGCAGCAACAGCAGCCGUCGUUUGAUGCGAGUAUGGAUAUGUCGUGA